ACACACACGAACAGGCAAACGCGAAACACACACACACACGCACGCAGGCACGGAGACUUAGCCGAGCACGCAGACCGAGCGCACCAAGCAAAAUACAUGAUGAGCUCACCAAACUCACCAAACUCACCAAAGGCAGCAGGUGCUUGGUGGCAGUGAAAGAGUUUUCUGUUUUUGUAUUACAGUUCGAACAGCUGAGUCGCGACGUUGUGUAUAACACAUACGCUACGCUGUGUGUUCUCUUCUCCCAAGCAACCCGACCGACCAGCAAGCAAUCAAACCAACCGCCAAACCAGUGUACAAGUGAUUUUUAACGGCUCUCUUACUUCGGGAUUUGCAACAGGCCAAGCAGGCGCUCAAGUGUGCUCUUUUUUUUGUUCCCGUGCAUUCGCGUCUCUGAAAAGUUCUCUAAACUCAAACAAACAACAAACAAACGUGUGAAAAUUAGCAGCUCCCUCAAUCAAGCAUCUGCUAAACCGUAAACCGUGUGAUAAUCGACAGUUACAAACAACUUGAACCACAGACUACCAAUUACCGAAAUGGAAAAAUCAAAUCUAACAGACAAGAAUCACACGAGUGUGUAUAAUGUGACGACGAAACCGAAGAAGCCCAAGCGGCGGGACAAGAGCGAUUUGGGUCCCGAUUUUGUGGCCCCCGAUGGCGGCUGGGGUUGGGUCGUGUGCCUGGCCGCUGGCUUGAAUAACUUCUUCCUGUUCCCGGCUCUGCAGCAGUAUGGUUUGAUCUACAGAGUGCGAAUGCUUUCGCUGGGCUUCGAUGCCAAAGAGACGACCACAAUUGUAAAUUGCGUCAUGGCCAUAUCCUCAUUAGUGGGAAUCGUUAAUGGCGCCAUGUUCAGGCGUUUCACAUUCCGUCAGGUGGCCCUCACGGGCACCACCCUGGCCUUUGUGGGCAUCUUCAUGACGGCCUUCUGCACCACCGUCUGGCAGUACAUUUUCUGCCUCUCAGCGGUGUAUGGCAUUGGGUUGGGUCUGGCCAUGGCUGCCACCUCGCUGGCCGUCAACACGUACUUCAAGCAGCGUCGUCGUCGAGCAACCGGCUUCUCCUGGACGAUCACGGGCCUGGGGCCCAUCUUCUUCCCACAUGUGUCCACAUGGCUGCUGGGCUUCUACGGUGCCCAAGGCACCAUCUUGAUCUAUGCCGGUAUCGCCAUGAAUGCCGUUCUUUGCGCUCUGACCCUGCAGCCAGUGCUGCGGCAUGCGCGAAAGCCAAAGACCGAGUCAGCCGACGGAGCGGAGACGGCCAAGGAUCAGCCCGAGAUGAUGGAGGCCAACGGGAAUCUGUUGGCGCCCAGCAGCGAUCCCUGGAUCGACUACGAGUGCAAGUACUGUCAGUACCAGAAGCGUGCCAAGCGCGGCAUCUUCUCCUCGCAGUAUCUCUUCAACGUGGACGAUCCUGAGCGCCCCGGCUACGAGAUCACAGAGCCCGGCACGCCCAUGCUGGCCCGCGCCAACGAUGGCUGGUUCGGCUCGAAGCUGUCGCUCACCGCGGAUCAGGGCGCGGGCGGGGCGCGCUAUCGCACGCGGAAGGAGCUGAUGCGGCAGGUGUCUUCGCGCAGCCGCGAGAACCUCGAUCGCCUGGAGACGAGCCGAACGGAUGAGGCGCACGAGCAGGCGCUCUACAAGCCGAACUACUUCAAUCGGGAGCGCGAGGACCUGGAGCGGUAUGCCAGCAAGACGAGCGUCUACUCGAAGCACGGCCAGGAGGAGCUGCUGCGUUGCACCUGUGCCGAGGACAAGGCCCUGCUGCAGAAGACCGCCGAGGCCAUGCGCCUCGAGCAGAUGGACGAUCAGGCCCUCCAGGCGGAGGAGGAUGAGGCCAAGAGCCGCAUGACCCUCUUCCAGAAGGUCAGCAAAUUCUUCGAUCUGGAUCUGCUGCGCGAUUUCACGUUCGUGAAUCUGGCCGUCGGCAUGAGCAUCAUGAUGUUCGGCGAAAUGAACUUCUCGGUGCUGACACCCUUCAUUCUGAACAAUUUCGGGUAUUCGGACGAAAAGAUCUCGAUAGUGAUGUCCCUUCUAGCCUGCAUGGACAUCUCCGUGCGCUUCCUGGCCCCUUUCGCUCUCGAGAAGGUGAAGCUCGACAACCGCGUGCUGUUCGCCUUUGGCAUACUCUGCAUUGCCGUGGGCCGUGUGGUUGUGGCAUUCACCGACUCCUACGAGGUGAUGAUCGGUGUCUUCCUGCUGAUCGGCUUCGGCAAGGGUUUCCGCACCAUCUUCUCGCCCCUGAUCAUACCCAGCUAUGUGCCGCUCAAUCGUUUGCCCGCCGCCUCGGGCCUCCAGCUGAUCUUCAAUACAAUAUUCUCCUUCGCCAUGGGCCCCAUUUUGGGCUCGAUCACGGAGGCUUUUGGCUAUGCCGCCACCAUCCAUGCCAUCAAUUUCCUCACCGCCUUGGCACUACUCCUCUGGCUCUCGGAAUCGAUUGUGCGCCGCGUGCUGAAGCGACCGUCGAAGGGGCUGGGUCAUUGAUGUCCGGCCGAUACUAUUCUUAAAUGUAUUUAGACUCUGUCUCUCGUCGGAACUGAAACUACUUUUUGGAUACUUACGUCCACAUCCACAUCCAACCCCCC